GUGAGUAAAUCCAACGACCGGAGACUCAACCAGCGGCCGGUUAACGGUUAACGGACGGUUAACGGUUAACGGUUAACGGUUAACGGACCGGUGGUUCAUCGUUCAGUGUUUACAGUGUGGAGAGAAACCCGCCGUUUUAUGGUCGCUCCGCCGGUGUGAUGGAGGUGGACAUCCUGGAGUUCCAGGUUCCUGUGGAGAACAAUAAGACUCUGUUUGUGUGGAACAUCCAACCGUCUCACACUGAGGCCCGGAUCUAUGACGGGCUGUACGGCGUGUUCUCGUCCUUCGGUCCUCUCUACCUGCUCAAGGUGUGUCCCAACGCCGCCCUCAGCCCGCCCGGGUUCUACGCCCUCAUUAAGUUCUACUCUGCUGCUCAGGCCUCAAAGGCUCAACGGCAGACUGACGGACGCUCGCUGCUGCAGAGCUCGCCACUACAGGUGAGGCUGAGCUCCAAACAGACUCCUCACUUCCUGUCUGACGGCCGCAGACCUCUGAGUCACGCCCGCUGUCUGGAACUGGCCAAUCACUGCCUGGGAUUCAAUGGCUGGACCUCUGACAUCAUCACACUGAAGGAGCUCACCAACGAAGAAGAAGAAGAAGAAGGGGAGGAGGAGGAGGAGGAGGAGGAGGAGGAGGGUGGAGGAGGCCGUCGGAGGAAGAGGAGGCUGAGGUUCGGCUGUCUGCUGCAGCUCUCCUUCCCUCGUCACGGACAGACGACCAGAGCAGCAGCAGUGGUGGAGGACAGCUUCACCUGCACAGGUCCAGAUGUUCUGCUACAGAAACGAUGUUACCUGCACAGGAUGGUGAGAGAGAGAGCGCUCGCCCAGGCCUUCUCUACAGUGCUGCUAAUACUGCUGGGAAACGGUAAAGUGAUGGUGGAGGUGAAACAGACGUCAGAUCAGUUCCAACCUGAGGAGACUGAAGGAGUCCUCCAGGUGAAUGAGUUUGCUGCUGAUGAAGAGGAUGAUGAUGAUGAAGAGUGGGAUCUGACUGUGUCAUAGACACCCAGAAGAUUGUGGGAAGGAGGAAUCUGUGCUAACAGUGGUGCAUGGUGGGAAUCCUGAGCAGAGUUCAUUUUGGUGUUUAAUUAGUUCAAUAAAUCAGUUUGAUUAAUGAAAGUAGAA